AUGGACGAUCUGCUCGGCUUGAGUUGGCAACCCAACUCAGCCAACGCUGCCAAAUCCAACAAGCCAGGCAAUUCAGCAGAGCCUACGUCUACGCCCUCGUCAUCAUCAUCAUCAGCCUUAACACCAUCAGUCUUAAGAUCAUCAGUCUUAAGAUCAUCAGCCUCAACAUCAUCAGCCUCAACAUCAUCUCAAUUCGCAACCAAUACUUCCGCUUUCGACUCGAGCUCAUCCAAACCCAACUACUAUGGCUCUUCCUUUGCUACUCCUUCUCCAUCCGCAUCGCUCGCACACAACAACACCUCCGCAUCCAAAUCCUCCUCGACUCCUAGCAACGAUGCUUUCGCUUCCCUCUUCUCCUCAUCAUCAAGUGCAAAGCAGCAAGCCAACUUGAGUCUUGCCGAACGUCAAAGGCUCGCCCGAGAACAAUCGCUCAAGGAAGCAGACGAGGAUAAGCGUCGCAACGAUGCUCUUUGGUCUGGCAUUCAAUCUUCCGCUUUUACUGGCGCAAGCAGUGGCGCUGGAUCGAACAGCACUACAGUAGGAAAGCCACCGGCGGCUGCAGCCCAGCACCGUCUCAACUCUCCCGCACCCAUCCUUCCUACCAGCUCGAAUGCUGCCAAGCUAGCUUCCAAACCUGCUGCUCCAGCCAACGAUCUUUGGGACUUUGAUACUUUCUCCUCCUCAGUCCCUGCCAACUCCACAACCAUUGCAACCAAACCAACUCUCGCUCCUCAAACCCAGGCGAGAGCAACACCCAGCAACGACCCCUUCGACUUUGACAGCUUCGAUCAACCAUUCUCGGCGCCCAAGGUAGCCCUUCAUGCCGAUCACGACGACCCUGCAGACGACAUUCUCGGUGCUCUUGCUAUGCCCGUCUCGGACAGGCUAAAGUCUUCUCUCUCUGCCCAAGAUCCUCGUGUUGUUGCUCUGUCUCGCUCUGCUUCCACCUCGUCAGCUGGCAGCUCAAGAGUCGCUUCACCUGCUAGUGGCAGCCGUCCGACUGCCGGCGGACGCUCCGCUCCGGCACGCACCGCAUCUCCACCACCUCACAUCAUCGGUCAGAUUGUCGAAAUGGGCUUCUCGCCUCAGGAAGCUAAGCGUGCGCUUGCACAGACCGAUACUGGUCUCAAUGUAGAAGCAGCUCUCGAACUCCUUGUCGGCGGUGCUGCUCAAGCAUCCCAUCAGGUGCACGACGAUGAUGAGCGUCUGGCUCGCAAGCUUCAAGCGUGUGAAGCAAGGCGAGCACAAUCGCAGUCUCGCGGUUUCCGUCAUUCGGACGACGAAGAGAACGAGGGCUUCGGCAGAUCAGCAGACCAGCAGCAGCAGCAACGACGCCAUCCUCAGCAACCAGAACAGCGUCGCAAUGAGGCUCGACAACAAGGCCGCCACCGCCACGGCCCAUCAGCAGCUAACGCAGAUGGCGAAGCUGCAGCUGACUGGCAACAGCAGGCAGAUCAGAUCUACGCACAAGCCUCCGAGAUUGGCACUUCCGUUCUCAACAAGGCCAGUGCUUUUUGGUCUACUGCAAAGGCUCAGGCGCAGAAAGCGCUGGAAGAGCGAAAUCGUGCAGCCGCCGAACGCAGCACUACUCCCUCUGACGCAGGCAGCGAGCGUCAUCGCAAUCGUAGGUGGGGUGCUGCAGCUGCUGCAUCUCGCAACAAGCAAUGGGAGGGCAAGCCCAAAUGGAUGAUUGAUGCAGAGAAUGCCGAGGCUAACGAAGCUGCUGCCAACCUUUCCUCUUCUAAUGAUGCUCGUGCUAGCAACAAUGGCGACCGUGGCGGCUUUAAGGAUUCUGACAACGAGAAUGACGAUGCAGCACAGCAAGCUCCCGAGCCACCCACCAGAACUCCUCGUCGACCUGCAGCCCCGGCAGCGGGUGUUGCCGCCGCAAUGUCUUCUGCUGCCAGCGCACUCUUCGGUGGUAGAGCUGAUGAGCAAGCCAGCAACAUCUCUCGACAGCAGACCCCAUCGCAAGUUCCACCAAAUGUCCCUGCUCGAUCCAAUGCCUCUGCUCCAUCCGCCGCUACUGCCAAAGCUCCUUACGCUUCACGCAACCGACGUGGUCCAGCUCGAUCCGCCGCACCAUCACCCAUCCCUCCCAAAGCUCCCCUCAAGCGACGUCCCAUUCCAUUCGAUGCAUCCCACUCCAUCUCGUCUGCCAACGGCAACAAAGAAGAAGGCAACGAGCACUUCCGUCGUGGUGCGUACGGCGAUGCUGAAGCUAGCUACACCCGUGCUAUCUCUGCACUCGAGUCUUCAUCCUCUUCCGACUCGAUCCGACUUGUGCCUCUGCUCAGCAACCGUGCCAAUGUCCGACUCAAGAAUGGUGACGCAUCGGGUACCAUUGCUGACUGUGAUCAACUGCUGUCCAUUGUGCUUUCCCUCUUUGGCGGUUCUCAACGCGACUCGAACGGCCGCGUCGCAGUCUACCGUGCAAGUCAAGAAGCUUCUCUGCCAGCCGAACUAGCCAAUAUCAACCUGCGCGAAACGUACGGAAAGGCGCUCGUUCGACGUGCCCAGGCACUAGAGGCGAGCGAGAGAUGGAAACUGGCCAAGGCCGAUUGGGAAGUUUUGCUCGAGUUUGAAAAAGCAGAAGGUUCAGGUGUCAAGACUGCGACGAGCAACAUGAAGUUUGCUAGAGAAGGUUUGCACCGGUGCGGAAAGAUGCUGGGCGAGAAAGUUGUUGGUCCUGCUGUAUCCUCGACCGGACCGCCUGCCAACAAAGCAGGUCCAGCAAAACACACCGCUGUUUUCGGCACCGGCGACGAGAAGGCCAGUGCAGUGUUUGCCAAUCAACAGCAGAAGCAGGCACAAGAAGAGUCGGACAAGUUCGCACUCAAAGAUUCCGUCGACGCUAAGAUUGACAACUGGAAGCGUGGUAAAGAGACCAACCUCCGUGCGCUGCUCUCAUCACUGGAUACCAUCGUCUGGCCUGAACUCGGAUGGAAGGCUAUCGCUCUUCACCAGGUGUUGGAUCAGAAUGGAUUGAAGAAGAACUACACAAAGGCCAUUGCUAGGCUGCAUCCGGAUAAGAUUAGUAAAGCUGCAAGCACGGAGCAGAAAAUGAUCGCCAGCGCUGCUUUUCAUGCUAUCAAUGAGGCUUGGAAUGCACAGCAAUCGUAA